AUGGCUGAAGCAAUGUAUGCCACUGAUGAAUAUGGGCGCCCGUUCAUCAUCAUCAAAGACCAGGGUACCAAGACUAGAAGCCAUGGGAUCGAAGCCAUCAAGUCUCACAUUCUAGCCGCCCGAACAGUGUCAAAUAUACUCAAGACUUCCUUAGGACCCCGCGGAUUGGAUAAGAUCUUGAUAUCACCCGACGGAGACAUCACCGUUACGAAUGAUGGUGCCACCAUCCUUGGUCAAAUGGAAGUCGAACACCAAAUUGCCAAGCUGAUGGUACAACUCUCUCAAUCCCAAGACAAUGAGAUUGGGGAUGGUACCACUGGAGUAGUAGUCCUCGCGGGUGCCUUACUAGAGGAGUCGGAGGCCUUGCUCGAUCGAGGUAUUCACCCUAUCAGAAUAGCCGAUGGAUUCGAGAAGGCCUGUAAUGUGGCAGUCCAGGAACUUGAUCGAAUCAGUGCCAAGCUGGAAUUCAGUAAAUCGGACACAAGCCAGUUAGAGAAAGUCGCCGCCACCAGUCUAGGUAGCAAAAUUGUCUCUAAAUCAGGUGAUCUAUUCCCCAAGAUUGCAGUCGAAGCAGUCUUAUCGGUUGCAGACCUCGAGCGAAAAGACGUCGACUUCGAACUAGUGAAAAUCGAUGGAAAAGUUGGAGGCUCGUUGGAAGAUACGCGCUUGGUCAAGGGUGUGAUAAUCGAUAAAGACAUGUCCCAUCCCCAAAUGCCCCGAAACCUCAAAGACUGCAAGUUGGCUAUUCUCACCUGUCCGUUCGAGCCUCCCCGACCGAAGACAAAGCACAAACUUGACAUCACAAACGCCGAACAAUACAAGAAACUCAUGGGAUACGAACAGGAGGUCUUCCUGCAAAUGAUCAAGCGGCUCAAGGAUUGUGGCGCUAACUUGGUCAUCUGUCAGUGGGGCUUUGACGACGAGGCAAAUCAUCUCCUGCUACAGAAUAACCUACCUGCUGUACGAUGGGUCGGGGGACCGGAUAUUGAGUUGAUUGCCAUUGCUACCAAUGGUCGGAUUGUACCUCGAUUCGAGGAUCUCACUGCUGCCAAGCUCGGAAGUGCUGGAGUGGUUCGAGAGAUUGAUUUCGGGACAACGAAGGAGAAGAUGCUGGUAAUCGAGGAAUGCGCCAACUCAAGGGCAGUCACUGUAUUCAUCAGAGGCAGUAACAAGAUGAUCGUCGAGGAGGCCAAACGGGCUUUACACGAUGCUCUUUGUGUGGUCCGGAACUUGGUUGUUGAUGAUCGGGUAGUCUACGGCGGGGGUUCGGCCGAAAUUGCCUGUUCGAUUGCUGUGGCUAAGGCUGCUGAUGAGAUCCCAUCGAUUGAGCAAUACGCCAUGCGCGCAUUCUGUUCAGCAUUGGAUGCAGUACCGCUCGCCCUGGCGGAAAACUCGGGCCUUUCGCCCAUCGAAACCCUUGCGGAAAUCAAGAGUCGACAGAUCGAAGAGAAGAACCCCAACCUUGGGAUCGAUUGCGUCGGAUUGGGAACAAAUGACAUGAAAGAUCAGUUCGUUAUCGACCCCCUAAUAUCCAAGCGACAACAAUAUUUGCUGGCUACUCAGCUCGUCCGCGCCGUGCUCAGGAUUGAUGAUGUCAUUCACAGUCACGAUGUUGGAGGAGAAUACUAA